CUUAGAGAAAUCAGAAAUUAACCACCUACAGUACCGUUUGGUGGGAAGUUUAUUCAGUCUCCCUCUGACUUCCCAUCUCCUUCAUUUUUCACUCCAUCUUCUUCCGUCUUCCCUCUCCGAUCCGCAUCACCUUCCUUCGGAUCACCCGAGCCACAGAUCAUGGCGCGGGCUCUAGCUCAACUCUCCAUCACGACAUCCGCCACCACCGUCCUCCUCUUCGUUCUGCUCUCUCUUGUCCGUUCAAAUCUCUCCACGUCGCCCCUCCUCCUCCCUCCGCCCCACGCCGGGGCGCGCCCCGCCAUGGUCCUGCCUCUGUUCCAUGCUCCCAAGAACUCUUCCAGAAGCUUAUUCAACAGUCGACGCCACCUCCAGAGAUCCGAGUCUCACUCCCGUCCUAAUGCUCGCAUGCGACUCUACGACGAUCUCCUCCUCAACGGGUAUUACACUACGCGGCUUUGGAUCGGGACGCCUCCUCAGAAAUUCGCCCUCAUAGUUGAUACGGGGAGCACUGUUACUUACGUUCCCUGCUCUACUUGCAAACACUGUGGAAAACACGAGGACCCGAAGUUUCAGCCAGAUUUGUCAAGCACUUAUCAAGCUGUCAGGUGCAACGUAGAUUGCACUUGUGACAGUAAAAGGGUGCAGUGUGUUUAUGAUCGACAGUAUGCCGAAAUGAGUACCAGUAGUGGUGUCCUUGGUGAGGAUAUUGUAUCCUUUGGCAAUCAAAGUGAACUUUCACCCCAACGUGCUGUUUUUGGGUGUGAAACUGCAGAAACAGGUGACCUUUACAGUCAGCAUGCUGAUGGUAUUAUGGGAUUGGGCCGUGGUGAUCUCAGUAUUGUGGACCAACUUGUUGAAAAAGGUGUAAUUAGUGAUUCAUUCUCUUUAUGUUAUGGUGGGAUGGGUAUUGGUGGUGGGGCCAUGGUUCUUGGUGGUAUUUCCCCGCCAUCAGACAUGGUCUGGUCUUAUUCAGAUCCCGCACGCAGUCCAUAUUACAACAUUGAUUUGAAAGAGAUACAUGUUGCUGGGAAGCGGUUGCCACUGAAACGAAGUGUCUUUGAUGGAAAGCAAGGAACUGUUUUGGAUAGUGGGACAACAUAUGCUUACCUACCAGAAGCAGCAUUUUUGGCAUUUAAGGAUGCUGUUACGAAGGAACUUAAUACCUUAAAGAGGAUUCAAGGUCCUGAUCCAAAUUUUAAUGAUAUAUGCUUUUCUGGUGCUACAAGUGAUGUCUCUCAACUCUCAAAAACAUUUCCAACUGUGGAAAUGGUAUUUGGCAAUGGGCAGAAAUUACUGUUGUCACCUGAAAAUUACCUUUUCCGGCAUUCAAAGGUACCAGGUGCAUAUUGCCUUGGAAUUUUCCAAAAUGGAAGGGAUCCAACUAGUCUUCUUGGAGGAAUCAUUGUUCGCAAUACUCUUGUUAUGUAUGACCGUGAACAUAAAAAGAUUGGUUUUUGGAAGACCAAUUGUUCUGAGCUCUGGGAAAGGCUUCACAUAACUUCUGGUACUUCACCACCUCCUCCUCCCUCUUUAAGUGGGAAGGAUAAUUCAACUGUAGAAUUGCCACCUUCAUCAGCUCCUAAUGGAUCACCCCAUUAUGUUCUUCCAGGGGAUGUUCCAAUUGGCAGAAUAACAUUUGAUAUGUUAAUGAAUAUCAAGUACUCAGAUCUAGAAGGUCACAUUAAUGAACUUGCUGAGUUGAUUGCAAACGAGUUGGAUAUUAAUGCUUUGCAGGUUCAUUUAUUGAAUUUUACAUCUGAAGGAAACACUUCUCUCAUUCGAUGGGCCAUAUUCCCUUCAGGAUCAGCUAGCUAUUUCUCCAAUAAUACUGCAACAAGUAUUAUUUCUCGACUUGCUGAACAUCGACUUCAGCUUCCUGAUACCUUUGGAAAUUAUCAGUUGGUACGGUUGAAGGCUGAGCCACCAAUGAAACAGACAUGGUGGCAUCAACAUUUUCUGGUGGUCUUUCUAGCCUUUAUCAUGGCAAUGGCUUUUGCUUUGUCAGCUACUGGAAUAUGGUUUAUUUGGAGACGCAGACAACAAUCACUCAAUUCAUACAAACCUGUUGGAGCUGUCCCCGAGCAGGAACUCCAGCCAAUAUAGGCUCCUUGUUUAUUUUGCAAGAGGGGGCAUUUUUGACAGGUGAUGAGUCUGCACUAAUAGCAAGUUUUUGAUUCAAACCUUUUGUACCUUGACAUGGGUGCUCCUUUUUGAUGGUUAUACGUUAUUUUUCUAAUCAAUAUAAAGGUAUACAGAAGAUUGCUUGCACGAUUUAGUCUGUAUGUUCGUACUGUGAUACCCCAGGUGGAUUAGAAAUAGGUCUCAGUAAGGUGAAUAUAAGAGCCAUUUUCUUUUAUGCUUUCUUUCAGCACUCUUGCUCUUGCAUAUGAAUAGAGUUAUCCCACAGGGCACAUGUUGUGUCAUGUAUGUACACUGGUUAAAGAAUGUGGUUUCUUCCUUUCUUUGAAGUAUUGGUUUAUUCUG